AGAGCAUGGCAUGUCUGCUUGGUUUGGUUUGGCUCAUCCACUGAAAAACAUUUGAUUCGGUGAAGAAGACGAACAAUGGCAAUUCUCAGCAACGUCUCGUUUUCCUGCAGCAACAUCUCUCUAAAACCAUCUCUCCCUAACUCUUCUUCUCGUCCUCAUUGUCUCCUUCGCUGCUCACAGCAGGAAGGGAAAGAAGUAGGGAGUCCAUUGGUAUGGUCAUUAGGAGAAGAGGUUUCGAAGAGAAGCUUGCUUGCACUUGUCUCUGCUUCUCUCUUCUUUGUUGAUCCUGCUCUUGCUUUUAAGGGUGGAGGACCCUAUGGACAAGGAGUCACCAGGGGACAAGACUUAUCCGGCAAGGAUUUUAGUGGCCAGACUCUGAUCAGGCAGGACUUCAAGACGUCCAUCCUAAGACAAGCCAACUUCAAGGGUGCUAAGUUGUUAGGUGCUAGCUUCUUUGAUGCAGACCUAACAGGUGCUGAUUUAUCAGAAACUGAUCUCCGAGGUGCAGAUUUCUCCUUGGCUAACGUUACAAAGGUGAAUUUAACAAACGCUAACUUGGAAGGAGCAACUGCUACUGGUAACACAUCAUUUAAGGGUUCAAACAUUACAGGCGCAGAUUUCACUGAUGUUCCUCUAAGAGAUGAUCAACGAGAAUACCUUUGCCGAAUCGCUGAUGGGGUUAAUGCGACCACUGGGAAUGCCACGAGGGACACAUUGCUUUGCAACUAAACUGUUAAGUGUAAAUCAUUGUAUCGUUGGGAGUCUUCUUUUUCUGAGUUUUUCUAAAAGCUUUUUUGUUAAUGAUAUUGUUGCAGAGUGAGUGUGUAUAUAAAUAUACUUACUGUUCUCAAGUCCGUUUGACAUUCAGAGAUUAUGUAUGUUACAGAACAUUAU